CAAUAUCCCAGAAUACGGUCGCAAGCGCACGCAGCCUGGCGCAUUCACGUCGCGAACAUUUUGUGGAACAGAUUAGUGGCUAGCGUUCCGUGAAAAUCAGGCUUCACAUUGGCAAAGAGCUACUGGAAUUUAUGCAACAGAUAUAAGAAAGAACCUGUUUCUAUUUACAUAAGCGAACUGCGAAGACACGAGGGUCAGCCAGUUAGUGUGCUCCUGGUUUUUGUGGUCUUCGCAGUUUUGCCGCUAACGCGUUUUUGAUUGGAAGUGAUACUAUGUGUGAUAGUAAAUAUGUUCUGGUUUUCACUCUGGUGUCGGCGGCGUCUUUCGUCAGCGUAUAUUCAGCGAAGUUCGCACCGGACUUCAUCCACCCUUGCAACAACACAGAGCCAGCGUGUCUCAUAAAAGCGACGCAGGAUGCAAUACCACAGUUCUCCAAGGGUCUACCACAUCUGGGAGUACCACCUCUAGACCCGUUUGUCAUAGAUGAGCUGCCCAUACAGCUGCCGGGCAUCAAGGUGACGUUCUACGAUGGAAAGGCGACAGGACUUCGAAAAUGUCAAGUUUUGAAUGUUGAAGCAUAUUUGGAAAAGAAUAUAUUCAAUUUGGAUGUGCGGUGUAACAUCACGAUCAAGGGCAAGUACACAGCAGUUGGAAGACUUCUGCUGUUCCCUAUCAACGGAGAAGGAGACUCUAAGAUCAAAAUUUUGAACUCGAUCAUCAAGCUGAACAUCAAUACGAAGUACUUCAAGGAUGCUGAUGGACGGGAUCACUUUGGUAUCAAGAGCUAUAAGUACACGUUUGAUUACGGAGAGAGAAUUAUCUACACCAUCAACAAUCUUUUCAAAGGGAAUCCUGAAUUAAGUAACACAGUGCUACAGUUCCUGAACGAAAAUUGGCGGAUAGUUACUGAAGAGUUCGGUCAACCAGUGGUAGACUACGCGAUCAAUGUCACUGUUAGCACGGCAAAGAAGUUCUUUGAUGCUGUACCUUAUGAUGAGUUGCUUUAUGUGCCUAUACCUAAGUAUUAGUAAGGACAAAAUACGAUACAAAGUCAUAUGACUUUAACUUUUGGAGCGACUAAGGUUGCUUAAUUAACUUCUUGUGAAAUUGUCUUUUAAAUUUUGGGCUAUGAUUCGUAAGAAAUUAAAUAAAACACUGUUUUACUCAGUUUUUAUUUAAUAUUUAAGAUUAGAAACUGGGCCCCGAUUCUCCUAAGUUAAUAAUGUCAAAAUCGAAUAGAAAUCGAAUCGCGAUAUGAUCGCAAUAGCAGUUUUAACCAUAUCGGGCAUUCUGCUACUAAUAUAAGACCAAUCGUAUUCCAACGACAUUCGAUUGGUUUGCGAUUGGUCUGCCAUUUUGGUGAUUUUGGCCUAUACGGUAGUUUGCUCUACAAUCAUAUUGCAAUCGUAAUUCAUUUGCAGACAAAAUGAUUCAUAAUUGAAUGACAGAAAAGGAUAAAAACGUUUAUUUCAAAGAAAAAAUAGCGGAAUGCCACAUACGCUUCAAUCGUAAUCGAGUCGGGAUUGGAUCGUAGUCGAACGUGAAUCGUAUGUUGCUUAAGUAAAAUUAGGAGAAUCGGGCCCCUGAUACAAAAAUGAAUCGAGAUAUAUAUUUUUAAUCUACCCCCCAAAAUGGAGUGAGUUCUAAAUUCGUAAGUUUUUUAUUUGUUUUUCUUCAGGCAACUAUUUUUGCAUUGUAUAAAAUGUAAAUUCAGUGUAAGUAAUUAAUUAAUUUUAUUGUAAAUAGUUAUUUUUAAGCUUUAAAUAAACCUGACCAAACACUUUAAUAAAAAUUAUGACAUUCAUAUCAUAGUGCAUAUCAACUUUUGUAUGCUAUUAACGGAACAUCUAUUAUUAAACACAAUAAUUAACAAUAAUUAGUAAUAUAUCAUAGAGUCAUAAAAAACUUCCUGAUAUUCCAGAUUUAUAGUUUUGACAUUUAAACCGAAUUAAAAACAGGACUGACUAGUGUCAAAUUGAAUAAAUUAAUUGAUCUAUGGUAACCUGUGCAUAAUAUCUCUAUCUUAAUACCAAAUAUAUAAUAAAAACUAUAAUCAAAUGAUGCAUAAAACUAAUGCGCAAAAGAUGCAUAAAGCUUUAAAAUUAAUAAUGUUUCUAUUUAUAACUUGUUAGGUAUUUGCAAAGUAUAUUGAAUUUUGUAAGUGUUAUUUUUAGCCACCUGUAUAAAGUACCUUUAGAUUUAAAAGUAUAUGGAGAACUUAUAUUUACGAAUAAGGUACCUACCUAUUGUCUUCAACAUUUGCCUAAAAAUAUAACUUCUCUUCCCAUAAUAAACUAGGUCAGUAUUUUGGAAAAAUCGCACGCAUAAUCCAGCCACUUAUUUCUUCAAUCUUGUGAUUGCUUAAUAAAGCUACAGACUUAAAGCAUUUGAUUGGUUAAAUCGAAUUUUAAACCAAAAUAAACGCUCGUGUCUUUUUCUGGAAUACAGACUUUAACGAUCAAAAUUCUGACGACAAAUAUCGAAUUUACUUUUUUUUGUAUGUAACAAUUUUCGAA